AGCAUGGAAGGUUUGAGAAGUGCUCCCGAGGUGGGGACGGCAGCCCCUUCAGAACCAGGUCCUGGGGAGCUGCUGGGAGACGAAUGUUAUGCAGACUUUUUGCGGGAAGACUUUGAUGUAAAGGCAUAUACAUCUCAAUCGAUUCAUCAAGCUGUUAUUGCUGAACAAUUAGCAAAGCUUGCUCAAGGGAUCAGCCAGUUAGAUAAAGAGCUCCACUUGCAGGUAGUUGCAAGGCAUGAGGACUUGCUGGCACAAGCAACUGGCAUAGAAUCUUUGGAAGGUGUUCUUGAAAUGAUGCAGACCAGAAUUAGUGCCCUGCAAAGUACUGUUGACAGAAUCAAAGCCAAAAUUAUUGAUCCCUACAACCGAAUCGUAUCCCGCACUGCACAGUUAGCAAGGCUUCAGGCUGCUUGUGACUUGCUGCGGAGAAUAAUACGCAUCUUGUAUCUCAGCAAAAGACUUCAAGGGCAGCUGCAGGGAGGAAGCAGAGAGAUAACGAAAGCUGCUCAGAGUCUCAAUGAGCUUGAUUACCUUUCUCACGGAAUAGAUCUUUCUGGAAUUGAAGUAAUUGAAAAUGAACUGCUUUUUAUUGCAAGAGCUCGACUUGAAGUGGAAAAUCAGGCUAAACGGCUGCUUGAACAAGGAAUAGAGACUCAGAAUCCUACUCAGGAAGGGACUGCUCUUCAAGUUUUCUAUAAUCUUGGAACUUUAAAAGUUACAAUUACUAAUGUCGUGGAGGGAUAUUGCACAUCCUUGGAGGAGAAUAUCAGCAACGCUUUGGAUAUUAAGGUUUUGACUCAGCCUUCUCAGACAGCGGCUAGAGGUGGUCCUGGCCGAGCAGCUAUGCCCACACCAGGAAAUACUGCAGCCUUCCGAGCAGCCCUGUGGACCAAUAUGGAAAAACUGAUGGAUCAAAUCUGUGCAGCUUGUGGACAGGUGCAACAUCUACAGAAGGUGUUGUCUAAGAAAAGAGAUCCUGUUACACAUGUGUGUUUCAUUGAUGAAUUAGCAAAGGAUGGCCAAUCAGACAUUUUGUACACAUUUUGGACAGCAGUAACUCAAACUCUGGCCUCCCAAUUUCAGAAAGCAUCUGAUACUUCCAUGUUUUUGAAACAAGCUUUUGAAGGAGAAUACCCUAAAUUACUGAGGCUGUAUAAUGAUUUCUGGAAGCGUCUUCAACAAUACAGUGAAAAUAUUCAGAGAAACGUUAUUACAAAUGGAAGUGCGGAACACUUAUCUGAACUUCCACAAAUAGAUGAUGAUGAUGAUGAUGAUGAUGAUGCACAGGACAUAUUCAUGCAAAAGAAACAAGAUUAUGACCCAGAAAAAGCUCUAAAAAAUUCUUUGCAACCUUAUGAAGCUGCCUACUUAUCAAAAUCAUUAUCUCGGCUCUUUGAUCCCAUCAACCUUGUAUUUCCUCCUGGAGGUCGCAACCCUCCUUCAGCUGAUGAGCUUGACAGCAUCAUUAAAACCAUUGCAAGUGAGCUGAAUGUGGCAGCUGUGGAUGUAAACCUCAGCUUUGCAGUAUCAAAAAAUGUGGCAAAGACCAUACAGUUAUUUGGUGUGAAGUCUGAACAACUUCUGUCUACCCAGGGAGAAGCUAGCCAGGUGAUUGGCCCAUUAACUGAAGGGCAGAGAAGAAAUGUGGCUGUAGUGAAUUCACUCUAUAAACUGCACCAGUCAGUUCUAAAAGUUAUCUCCAGCCAAAGUGUGUUUCCAACAGCUUCGGAAGAAAUUGUUAGUGCAGCUUUGAAGACAAUCCAUGAUUUAAUGGGCAAUGCUGUGCAACCUUUGCUGGACUCGGUUGGCGAUUCGAUAGAAGCUAUUAUCAUGACUAUGCAUCAGGAAGACUUUUCUGGGUCACUGCCUACUUCAGGAAAGCCGGAUGUCCCUUGCUCUCUGUACAUGAAAGAGCUGCAGGGGUUUAUCGCAAGGGUCAUGAAUGACUACUUCAGGCACUUUGAGUGCUAUGACUUUGUCUACAAGAGCACCGAGGCCAUUGCUCAGAGGGCCAUCGAGAUUUUCAUUCGCAACGCCAGCCUGCUCAGGCCCCUGGGGGAAGGAGGGAAGAUGCGGCUCGCGGCUGACUUUGCUCAGAUGGAGUUAGCCGUGGCACCCCUUUGCAGACGGGUCUCUGAUCUGGGAAAGUCCUACAGACUUUUAAGAUCAUUCAGACCAAUGCUUUUCCAGACCAGCGAACAUAUUUCUAAUAGCCCAGCUGUGGGAGAUAUCAUCCCAUUCAGUACCAUCAUCCAGUUCUUAUUUACAAGGGCACCGCCUGAACUGAAAUCCCCAUUCCAGAGAGCAGACUGGACCAUUGCCCGUUAUUCCCGGUGGCUAGAUGACCAUCCAGGAGAGAAAGAUCGACUCAUUUUAAUACGAGGUGCACUAGAAGCUUAUGUUCAAUCUGUAAGAAGCAGAGAAGGCAAAGAAUUUGCACCAGUCUACCCUGUAAUGGUACAGCUGCUACAGAAAGCCCUGUCUACUCUUCAGUAAACUGUUUCCUGCAAAACAAUGGAAUCCUGUAAUCAACAAAUACUGUAUGCUUCUGAAUUAAUAUUAGUAGUAGUAUCUCUCUGACUUACUCACAGAUACACAAUUUACAGACUGUCUGACUUUCAUACUUAAAUACAUUCUGCAUAUCUCAGCUUUUUCUAAAUGAUAUUUUUAUAUUUGCUUGUUUUAAUUAUAACCAAACAUUUCUAGUCCAAAAGGCUUUUUUCUGCAUUUGAUAAAACAAACUAAUCUUAAAUUGAUAAGAAAAAUAUGCAUGGAUUUAAUAUUUUCUUUUCAGCAACAGUUCUGUAGCUUUAAAAUAUAACAUAUAUUAUAUGUUGACUUAUAAAAUAUUUCAUAUUACUUCAAUGUAAUAUAAUAAAUAUGUACAAUGUUAUAUUAUGAUUGGAAAUGUAAUUAAAAUAUUUCUACAUGUCCUUGUUUUUCAAGUAUUCUUUCAAUUAAGCACAAGACUAAUGUGAUACUUCAUAUUUUAUAUAGAGAAUAUACAACAACAAUUUUUACAAAUUUAUUUGAAAUAAUACAUGAAUACAGUGUGCAAAAUCAUAGGAGCAACAUGUAGACAUACAUAUCAGGUGCUGAAAUUUAUUGUUGUGAUUCUUGACAGAAACACACUAUUUAGUAACAUUAAAAGCUAUGUUGUAAAUGUUCACAGCAAAAAUAGCCAUAAAUCUAAUAUAUCUGCUCUACUUUUAGAUAGAUGGAGGGAAAAAAGUAAAGUGCAAAUAUUGCACCAACAAUAAGUGCAAAGUUUGUCCCCACCAUAAAAGAUGUCUUAUGGCAAAAUAAAAUCUUUAAAAUAUGCAGCAUAGAAAAAAAUUAACAUUAAAUGAUGAUACUAUGAAAGCACCAUUCUCUUGGAACAAUGCAAUCUACUUACGGUUUUAAUCUUUUCCAAUACAGCUUAGGCUUCUACAAGCCUUUUAUUUUACUAGGCAGGUAUCACACCCAAAAUAAAUUAUAAAUGUGACACCUUCCCAUACAGACAACAAUUUGCUACAUAUAGUGUACAUUAUACUAUUCACUUUGCCACAUAUUCUGAUAUCUUGUUGGCACUGGGCAAACUAGAAAUUCAUAUAUUAUGUCAGAAAAUCCCAGCUUGCAGAUUUGUAGUUAAUUACAUAGUUUGUGCAAUACGUAUUAAUCAGCAAUAAGAAUUUAUCUAUAAACAGAUGUUACAUGUUUUAAACUUCCCCUUUUUGUGCAUUUUU